AUGGUUGGGUUGGAAUAUUUUGACCCACCGGCUGAGGGUUCUAAAGAGCGUCCAAAAUUUGACGCAUGGUAUAAUGAACAAAAAGAGAAAACGUAUGUUUUUAAAGAAGCCAUGUACUAUUAUUGUCGGUUGGAUGUUGACAUAUUAAGGCAGGGAUGUAUUGUAUUUGCGCGACUAAUAAAAGAUAUAACGAAUGUAUUUCCAUUUUAUGAUAAGACCUGUCAUACAAUAGCGGGUUUAGCGUUGAAAGUAUAUCGCACUAAUUUUUUAAACGAAGACACUAUAGGGCAAAUACCCGCACAGGGAUAUGGGGGUAAUGUCAAUCAGAGCACUGUUGCUUUAUAUUGGUUAAGAGAGCUUGAGAAUAAUCUAGAUGGGGCUACAUUGCAUGGUAAGCUAUCCCCUAAUGGCGAAAGUAAUAUUAUGGGGCAUUAUGUGGACGGGUAUUGUCCGGAAACGAAUACAAUCUAUCAAUUUCAUGGAUGUUUUUUUCAUGGCUGUAAAACUUGUUAUGAUAGAGACAAGAUUAAUAUGGUUCUUAGCGAAUCGUUUUAUACAUUACAUUAA